UCAGUUUGUUUAUACACAUCCCGCCCCUCGCGUCUCAUAAAACACCGCACACACGCACGGUCGAGUGGGAUAUUUCGUCAGCGCCCACGGCAACAGCUUUCCUGUCUUCUCGUCUGUCUCCUUUCGCUAUUAUCAAUCAGAAGACUGUAAAGGUCCUAAUCUGCUGCUGUGACCACAGACCUGCUACUUCCUGUUCUGACUGCUUGAGUAAACCUAAGCGAACACACCUACACCAAAGGACCAAUAGUAAACAAGUACUUGGUUUACCCACCCCAUCUGCCCAAAGGACUUCUAGUCUCAGUCUGCUCACUUGUGCUCUGUUUAAGCAGUGUCAGUCACACACACACACCCACACUAGAGGGAUUUAAAACACAUAGCCUGCUUCAGCACCCACGCUUGGUCACAGCAAAUAUGGCCAGCAAGCUGUCCAACUUUGGCAAAACCCUGCUGCGCCGCCGGGCAUUACAGUGCUCCGGCGAAGAGACCCGAUUUGCCCGAUGCCUGUCCACCCUGGACCUAAUCGCCUUGGGGGUGGGCUCUACGCUUGGCGCCGGUGUUUAUGUCCUCGCUGGUGAGGUUGCCCGAGAAAAGGCAGGACCCGCCAUUGUCCUGUGCUUCCUCAUUGCUGCUCUGUCCUCCAUGUUGGCCGGCCUGUGCUACGCCGAAUUUGGAGCCCGGGUCCCCAAGACAGGUUCUGCAUACCUUUACAGCUAUGUGACAGUUGGAGAAAUCUGGGCCUUCAUCACAGGCUGGAACCUCAUCCUCUCCUAUGUGAUAGGUACCGCCAGUGUGGCCAGGGCAUGGAGCUCAACCUUUGACAGCCUGGUCGAGCAAAAGAUCUCUGACUUCUUUAAAGCCUCCAUGACAAUGGAGGUGCCAGGUGGGGUGCUGGCAAAGUACCCUGACCUGUUUGCCCUCAUCCUGGUUCUCCUGCUCACUGGACUUCUGGCCUUUGGUGUGAGCGAGUCGGCGCUUGUGAAUAAGAUCUUCACAGGCAUCAACCUGGUGGUUCUGGGGUUUGUCAUCAUCUCGGGCUUCGUCAAGGGGGACGCGGCCAACUGGUCCCUGAAAGAGGAUAACUACAUCGGCUACAAAAAUAGCACCAACAGCAGCAGGCCGUUUCAACUUGAGAAAGAGUUCGGCGUGGGUGGUUUUGCUCCGUUUGGCCUCGGUGGAGUCCUGUCUGGUGCCGCCACCUGCUUCUAUGCGUUUGUGGGCUUUGACUGCAUCGCUACAACAAGUGAAGAAGCAAAGAACCCCAUGCGGUCCAUUCCUAUUGGUAUCGUGGCCUCGCUGCUGAUCUGUUUUUUCGCCUACUUCGGCGUGUCUGCUGCUCUCACCCUGAUGAUGCCGUACUAUGAGCUGGACAUCCAGAGUCCUCUGCCUGAGGCCUUCAGCCAUGUCGGCUGGGCUCCCGCCAGAUACAUUGUGGCUGUGGGCUCUCUCUGUGCUCUGUCCACCAGUCUCCUAGGCUCUAUGUUUCCCAUGCCUCGAGUUAUCUACGCCAUGGCAGAAGAUGGGCUGCUGUUCCGAGUUCUGUCCAGGAUGAACGAUCGCACUAAGACCCCUCUCCUGGCUACCAUCGCUUCUGGCAUUGUUGCAGCUCUCAUGGCCUUCCUGUUUGACCUGGCAGCUCUAGUUGACCUCAUGUCUAUUGGAACUCUGCUGGCGUACUCUUUAGUGGCCAUCUGUGUCCUUAUCCUCAGGUACCAGCCAGGCACCCUGAAUUCGUCCAGCCAGACAGAGAAACUGGUGGAGCUGGUGGAAGGGGAGAAGGUGGCUGUAAGCGGAGGGGACAGCGGUGACGAGUAUGGCAUGGAGAUGGAGGAGACGCCGCUCCGAGAGACCUUCACCGCCAAGCUACUCUUCUGCCCAAGUGGAAAGAUCCCAACGCAGACAUCUGGGAACAUUGUCUACGCUACCACCGCUAUUAUUUCUGUUCUCAUCACCAUACUGUGCACUAUCCUGGCCAAUUAUCUGCCAGAGCUGCUGGACGGGCACGCUGCCGUUUUGGUGCCCUGUGUCAUUUUGACUCUGCUCUGUAGCAUCUGUGUCGUCAUCAUCUGGAGGCAGCCAGAGAGCAAAGAGGCUCUCACCUUCAAGGUCCCUCUUCUUCCCUGGCUGCCCCUCUUCAGUGUUUUUGUCAACAUCUACCUCAUGAUGCAGCUGGACCUGGGCACAUGGUGCCGCUUCACCGUUUGGAUGGUUAUUGGUUUCGCCAUCUACUUCGGUUAUGGUAUUAAGAACAGCAGUGAAGCUGCCAACAGGUCAUCCCCACGCAAAUACGAACCCGCACUGCAGACCAAGAGCCCAAUUUACAAGGGCGCCCCUGAUGACAGUGACGUGGAGGCCGGCAGCAGCCCCUGAUACAGACUGACUUAGACCUGGGAAAAUGUUGCAGAGCAUCUACACUCAUUUUGGCAGUCUGGUCAAACUAGAAGCCAAAUGCUGCAGUGUAGGCAGCCUGGAACACAGCCCUGGGUUUAAAGGGAGGAGAGGCAAGAGAGCGCCACACACACAUCUUACCUCUGAUUUGGAGGCUGAUUAACUUGAUGGCUAGACACUGUGACAGAGCCAUUUUCUCACCCAUGUGUCUGUUUUAAUCUGUCUGUUUGUCUGUACUUAGGCUUAGCCUACCUGAGAUACUUACCUGCCUAUAACACAUGCUUUGAAUGGAUCGAACUAACAGGAGUACUUCAUGAAGUUCAUGAGGGACUCCUCAUGAAGUUCUCUUUUUCAUUAUCUGAAGCCGUUAGCUGGAAAAAUGUUACACGUAAGCUAUUUUUCGUCUUAGCUUCCUCUCCGUUAUUAUUGCGCUGUGGCUGUGUGAGCAGCCACCAAGCCACUAGAGGUCAGUAAGUACUGCUGUGUACAUUACUAAAAAUUAUGAUUUAAACCAGUGAGUUUACGAUUGUCAAGACGCGUGGAUCAAUGAGCUAGACAUCAAGCUGUUUACGAAACAUGAUUUUCAUAAGGACAGUCAGCACAGCGGUGGCACAGGUGAAAAUCACCUGCUUCCUGUAAACAACUUAAAAUGGAGGUGACCUGUCUAGUUUAUUUGUCCUUGUUUAUUGCACCAGCCUGUUUGUUUGAGUGUAAACAGGGUAGCACUGAAGCUGUGUGGUUUACAGGGCAGUUAGGUCAGUAGCACACAGUCGAUGUUGACGUCGUCAGCAGCUGCACGGUUCAGUGUCUGAGGCUGAAGUACUCUUUUACAGAUUGAAUGAGUUUUAAACACACUAUCGCCCUCGGACACUCCCUGCUCCCAGACAGCAGCCAUGGUAUGAAAUGAGUCGCUUAUCAUUAAGUAUCCAUGUUAUGCCUCUGUAUCUGUAUCCUCUGUAUGUGGACUCUGUUGAAAUGGUAUUUGUGGCCUUUGUUUCAACCAUAACCAGGUAACUAACAGGAUUUUAAUGAGGCUUUUAACAGGCAAAAAGACGACAGACUAUGUCUUGAGCCAAAGGGCCUAGAAAUCCAAUGAAGUAAAUGCAGCAAAAGAAAAUUUACUCUCUGCUGUGCUUUCUGCUAUUUACUAGUGUAAACCCCCAUCCGUUAUUCCAACAUUGUUGAACAUAGAAGGUAUGUAUGAAAUUUAAAUAAUCCAUGACGUUAGAUGCAGAUAUGUAAUGAAAUCUGGAAGUAACAAAUCUGUUUCAAAUUCUGAGGAUGGAUUUUAGAUGGAUUUAGAAAUCACAUUAAUUGCAUCAAGUUCUCCUCUGAUGGGUCAAGCAACAGGCUGUUUUAGAAAAAUUCAGAUAAUACACAAUGAUUAGUUUCUAACUGACAUUUGUCCACUUCACUUUGGUGUCUGGGAGCUGGGGCUGUGUUUCUGAACAAGGGUCUGUCUUUCAACACCACUAAAAUAUCAUUACCUGUUUUUAUUUUUACUUCCUUGUGAAAAGACUUGUUUUUUCACAAAGGUUCUUGUUUAGUUUCAAUUGAAACUUGUUCUUGGCGGCUUAGUCUGUUGAGCCCCCAUCACUUUUAUUUUUACAACUGUAUUUACUUUUUCGGGAUAGAACCGUUAAUAUUUAAAUGUUUAUAGUAUUGUUUGUUUGGGAUAGGUUGCAUUUUUGUUUUGCCUUUUAAUAUCAGUCUCAAUUAAUAUGCUUUUUAGAUGUUAAUGUAUUUUAAUCGUUAAUUGUACAGAUUUUUGGGUUUGAGUCUUUUUGGUCUCUCAUUUCUUCCACAGCUUUUUUUUUUUCUUUGUUGCUAAUGUCACCAAAUGAUUUAACUUUCAAAUUUCUUUUUCCCUUCUGACCAAAUGAACAUGUUAUUGGAAACUGAGCUUUCCAGAUCAAAUUAUGACCACUUAAAGUUGGUCUCUAAAUUGUGUAAUUUUAAAUGUUUUUAUCCCCAAUCCUCUGGAGUCAAUAUGUUAACUUAUUGUUAAUAGCAUUUUUUGUUGUUGUUCUAGUAAAGUGCGUUACUGUAGAGUGUACAGUAUUUGUUUAAAACUAUAUCUUUAUUUGUAUAAUGCUGUAAAUUAUACAAUCAUACAUUCUUUAAAAUAUGACCUUAAGUACAAUUUGGUAAGAGGUUGUUUUUGUAAAUUACACUUGAAGGCAUUUCAUUUGACUCUGGAAGCUGCUGAAAUCCAAACUGUACAAAUCCUAGUCCCUUUUUUUUAUUUUCAGAUAAAAUGGGUCCCGAUGGAGGCAAUAUUGAAGAUUUUAAAAAUGCCCCCUCAAAGCCUUCACUCCCAAAAUGUUUGUGGAGAAACAGGGUGAGGGAAGAUUUGGAUUCAGUCAGUGUUAUUAGAUGAAGUGAAUCUAUAAUCUGGUGCCUAAAAGAACCAUCGUCCUGCCUGAGAAAGGCACCGGGGCUGGUAAAACAAAAGUUCAGCUGCGUCUCAGUCUCAAGUAUUUCAAGAGCUGCUCUUACAGACAUGAGUCAAACAUUAUGUGAGACUCAAGACUUUCACUGCAGAUUCAAGUGUAAGGCUCAUAAAUUCUCUUGUCUGUCAGUGCUGGACCACAGGAAGAGCUAAUUUAGCAUUAAAAUGUCAUGUGAUGUGGCUGUGACUCACAGGCAGCCCUUGUGCCUUUCAAUAAUCAACAUGAUCAUUCCCCCUCUUGAUGCUGUCUCAUCAACAGCAGUGAUCUAUUUUUGUCUUUCUGUUUUAUAUCCUGUACAUAUGGCUGUCAUGUAUAAAAUGAGCUGUAUUUUCAAUGUUUUUUUUUUUUAAAUAAAACACAAUUCAUGCUUAUAGCAGA